AUACGGAUAAAUACGGGUGCGAGUACGGAUUUUAGUGGGCAACGGAACGUCGAGCAGGGCGCACGGCCGGCGAAUGAGGCACUUGCUCCGGAAUCGCAUUCGUAGUGUCGGGAGAUGGCCAAAUGAAGUGAAGUGUGGUGCGGUUAAAAAUAAACAUGGCAUGCGAAACAAGCCAAGAAGUUAUUCAGUGAAAAUCAACCGUGUGGAAAUGGGAAAACUCUCGUGGAAAACCUGUAAAAUAGCUUGACGGAGGAAUUUCGUGGCAUGCGUUGAAUAAUACUGAUAAAACAAUAUACAGAGCGCGCAAACAUAAAUAAUAUUCCAUAUGCAUAGUUCGGAAAUACAUCAGCUGCUAAAAUAAACGGAUCGGCCGAAGCACCAACAAAAUCGCCAGCCGAUCCGCCGCUCGUACCGUCUCCGCUCAUGACGUCACGGGUGAGCAUCUGGCAAGGAGCAUCAAUAGUAUCAACAGCAUCAUCAACUGCAGCACAACAAACUGACAUACUAAACAACGCUGGGUAACCGGAAAUCCUUCCAGUCGUCAUCGAUGCGAGUGUCGGUACAGACCCGAGCAUGUCCAGGGCAGGAACGCCAGUUGAGGGCCAAUCGAAACCGGAACCGGAACUAAAGCCGAAACGGAAGCGAGCCGCCAACAAACAUGUCCUCGAGACGGAGCUCCUUCCGCCGGCGAGAGAAGCCGGCCUUCGAGCGCUUCAAGGACCAUUGCCGCCACUUCACGGCCUUCAUGUUCAGCAACGUGGGCAUCAUUCUGCUGGUCACAUUCUACAUAAUCGGCGGAGCGUUCAUAUUCCAGGGCAUCGAGAUAUUCGAGUACGAAAGGCUCAAGACGGAGAAACCCCAUCGGUUCAUCGCCAGGAACUUUAGCGGGGAGUGCCUGACGCGUAUCUGGGAGAUUACGGCUGAGAACAUAAGCUUCUUUGACCACCAUGCCUACAGGAGGCGGGUUAACGAUGUGCUGCUGGAAUACCAGCGGGCCAUAGUAAAGAAACAGCUCAGGGGACCCGACGUGGAGCAGUGGAGCUUCUCCGGCGCCUUUCUCUACUCGCUGACUGUGAUCACGACGAUCGGAUAUGGGAACAUUACGCCCCAAUCCGAGUGGGGCAAGCUGGUGACCAUUCUGUAUGCGAUUAUUGGCAUGCCGCUGUUCCUGCUCUACUUGUCCAACAUCGGCGAUGUGCUGGCCAAGUCCUUCAAGUGGAUAUACUCCAAGGUGUGCCUCUGUCGCAUAUGUCCCGGUGUGGCCAAGCGACGAAUCAUCCGUGAGAGGCGAAAAAUGCGACAGUUGGCCAGAGCGCUGCAAAUGCACGACAUGGAGAACGCCCGGGGAAGCAGCAGUUACACCAGCACCAGCAGCACCACCACCUCCAACAGCAGCAGUAGCGACUAUACCAGGAGCUCCCGGCAGAGUUCCAGCCUGGUGGAUAUUCCGUACAGUGACUCCGACUCGGAUAUUGAGCGGGAAAUACGAGGCAGCACGGACGAGAUAACAGUUCCAGUCACCGUCUGCAUAUUCGUCAUGGUCGGAUACAUUCUCUGGGGUGCCCUGCUCUUCGGGCGCUGGGAGGACUGGAACUAUCUUGAUGGCAGCUACUUCUGUCUCAUAUCGCUCAGCAGCAUUGGUUUCGGGGAUCUAGUGCCGGGUGAUCGUGUGAUAACCGCCGAUAAAGAUAAAGUGGAGGUCAGCUUUAUUCUCUGCGCCAUUUAUCUGCUGCUUGGCAUGGCCGUGAUUGCCAUGUGCUUCAAUCUGAUGCAGGAGCAGGUCGUCCAUAAUAUACGGGCUAUUAAGCGGGGAUUCAAGGCCUGCUUUCGGUGCCGCAGCUCUUAAGAGGCUACGUGGCUCUGGCCCUCUAACCACAAAGAUGUUUCGUCGUACAAAGUCAUAUUAUUAUUCACUGUUAAUGUAGGCUCAUCUAGACUAGCUUAAGGUAGAACUGUACAUAUAUAACUAAGCAGAAUGUGUUCCUUUUUUGGUAAAUGUAUAAUACUUAUAAAUAUAAAAACGGAGAUUAAAGAA